AUGUCUUUAAAACGCAUCAACAAAGAAUUGCUCGACUUGGGAAGAGAUCCGCCAUCGUCCUGCUCCGCCGGCCCCGUGGGCGACGACUUGUACCACUGGCAGGCAUCCAUCAUGGGCCCCCCAGACUCGCCAUAUGCCGGAGGUGUGUUUUUCCUCUCGAUCCACUUCCCCACCGACUACCCAUUCAAACCACCCAAGGUAAACUUCACGACGAAGAUCUACCACCCCAACAUCAACGGUUCCGGCUCGAUCUGUCUAGAUAUCUUGAAAGACCAGUGGUCGCCUGCGCUCACUAUCUCCAAGGUGCUCUUGUCGAUCUGCUCGUUGUUGACCGACGCCAACCCCGACGAUCCGUUGGUGCCUGAGAUUGCACACGUAUACAAAGUGGACAGACAGAAGUACGAGACCACGGCCCGCGAAUGGACGAAGAAGUACGCCGUCUAG